GGCUGCAUAGGCCGCCGGGAGUUGUAGUCCUCGGUGCUUGUUAGGAGAGGUGUACUCUGCUUAUGGCCGGUACUGUGGGAGCUGGUGAAGGCUACGAAUAAGGUCAGAAAAAUUCCACACCCGACUCCCGACCGGCCAUCUGUGAGCCAUGUGGCUUCGGGGUAAAACAGAAAUGAAGGUACAUAUGCACACGAAAUUCUGCCUCAUUUGUUUGUUCACGUUUAUUUUCCAUCAUUGUAACCAUUGCCAUGAGGACGUGGAUGAUCACGCUUCAGAAGAAAACCAUAUCCACAUUCUUAAUGACUAUCAAAUCUCAGAGGAGCCAUAUCUUCAUAAUGGAGCAGUAGAAUUAUUUACAAGUAGGUCUUCAGUGCCAGAAGCUGAGCAUGAACAAAAAUAUUACAUUAAAAAACUUUUUCACCGUUACGGGGAAAAUGGAAGAUUGUCUUUUUAUGGACUGGAAAAACUGUUAAACAGUUUGGGUCUUGGAGAGGUGAAAGUAGUUGAAAUAGGUCAUGAGGAUAUUGGGCAUGACCAUGUAUCACAUUUAGAUGCUUUAGAUGUACAAGAAAAAAAACAUUUUCAUGAUCAUUCCUAUACCCAUUUAGACACUGUUAAUGGUACAGAAAGCACUGCAUCUACAAGACCUAAUAGUAAGUGUAAAGCUAGGAAUGUAGACUUAUCCGUUCAAGUGAAUCAUACAAAUUCCCAUAAUCAUUCACAUCACCACAAUCGUCAUGAUCACCAUCAUUCUCAUAAUCGAACCCACCAUUCUCUCAAUGGUACAAUCGGUAACGCUGAACAUGGAGGACAUAAUCAGCAGCCAGUAGUGGAUGCAAAUACAACACAGGAUCAUUCUGAAAGAAAGCCUCAUAAACACAAGAAGAGGAGGAAAGAAAUGAAACAUGCUGAAACUACUGUAGGUUCUGCACCAGAGCUUGUCUCAGGAAAUGCUAACAAUGAUCAUAACCAUGUUCACAAACCCGAUCACACGUUGGGACACGAGAGUGCUAACAACGUUAAUCAUGACUCGCAAGAUGUUUUAGUAGCUGAGAGUGGACGAAGGAACACAAGAAAAAGAGAAGCCCCUCAUGACCAGAUAAAGUUGAAGGAACACAAUAUUGUGUCUGAGCAGAUUCAAAAGGAACAUGGUGACGAGGUACACGUGCAUGAUGAGUGUUUGAACGUCACCCAGCUGCUUCAUUAUUAUGGGCUAAACAUCAACUCUCCGAUUUCCCCUGAGCAGUUUGCUUUCCUGUGUCCGGCUCUGGUAUAUCAGAUUGAUAGCAGAUUUUGCAUCAAACAUUUUACUGAGCUGCACAUGGAAAAUAUGGUUAAAGGCAAAAGUGAAAUCUCAGCUUGGAUUUGUGGAUUCAUCUCGAUCACGGUUAUCAGCCUACUUUCCUUACUGGGUGUUAUUUUAAUACCAAUAAUUAACCAAGGCUGCUUCAAGUUCCUCCUUAACUUCCUAGUAGCUUUAGCUGUGGGGACACUGAGUGGAGAUGCUCUACUUCAUCUUCUGCCACAUUCACAAGGAGGACACGAUCAUGGUUCAGAGGACCCUAAUCACAGCCAUGAGCACCACAGUCACCCGGGGAAUGCGGAGAAUAAGUCCUUUUUGGAAGAAUACGACAGUGUUAUGAAAGGACUUGUUGCCCUGGGAGGGAUCUAUCUGCUGUUCAUUGUGGAGCAUUGUUUACGGAUGUUCAAGCAUUACAAGGAGCAGAAGGGUACGCAAAAGUGGCUUAAAAGAAAGCCAAAGGUGGAUGAGUCCGCAGUGGGGCGAAAAUUAUCCGACCACAAACUAAACCGCAGAUCUGAUGCUGAAUGGCUGCAACUAAAGCCUAUAACGGGAGUUGAAGAUUCUGUAGCUUCAGAAGCACAAAGGCUUAAUGAAACAGAAAUGACAUAUGUUGAAAGUAUUCAGCAGUCUCCAGCUAAGGUUUUUGUUCCCGUCGACGUUUUGCCACGUCUCAACAAAGAAGGCUCUUACGAUGAUGAUCAUAGCCUAGAUGAUAAACCCUACGAGAAUAAUCACGGAAAGGGAAUGGCAAAAAAACACAACCACAACAAACAUUCCCACCAUUCACACGGUCAUUGUCAUUCUGGAAAAGACAUGAAGGAUACUGGGAUUGCCAGCAUUGCAUGGAUGGUGAUCAUGGGGGAUGGCAUGCACAACUUCAGCGAUGGAUUAGCAAUAGGUGCGGCUUUCAGCGCUGGGUUGCCAGGUGGAAUUAGCACGUCCGUAGCAGUGUUUUGUCAUGAGCUUCCCCAUGAAUUAGGUGAUUUUGCAGUCCUUCUUAAAGCUGGUAUGACGGUGAAUCAAGCAAUUGUGUACAAUCUCCUUUCUGCAAUGAUGGCCUACGUAGGCAUGCUGAUAGGCACAGCAGUUGGACAAUAUGCCAAUAAUAUCACACUGUGGGUUUUUGCCGUUACAGCUGGAAUGUUUCUGUAUGUGGCGCUAGUAGACAUGCUUCCAGAAAUGCUGCAUGGCGAUGGUGAUAACGAGCACUGCCCCAUGGGGCACUUCAUUCUGCAGAAUUUAGGACUGCUUCUUGGCUUUGCCAUCAUGCUGGUCAUUGCUUUCUAUGAAGAUAAAAUAGUGUUUGACAUCCAGUUUUGAUAUGGUACUCAUUAUGGUUCAUUUGUAAAAUGUCUGUUUACCUGCUUUGUAUGAACAUCAGUCAAGUGAUGAUCCACAUGCUUGCACCAUUUACAAGUAAAUUAAACCCACCAAAAAACACACGUAAUUUACCCUACUUUUGGGUACAGUCCCAGAAAUGAGGAUUGUGAAGUCACUAAAGUGAAUGUAAAAUAAAUCUGAGAAACACACAGGUUAGCAAAUUGCAGCAUAUAAGGAAAAUGUAGGUAAAGUCAACUGUUUUUGCCAUUCUCUGUGGCCUGUCCUGUGCACGUUUAUUUUUAGUUACCUAAAGAGAAACGUAAUCAACCACCGUUAGGGCCACGUGGAUACAAAGUGGGACUGAACCAUAGUAAGCUUCUGAGGUUAGUGUUUGAGGCGGGCAAACAUUUUCAGUG